GGCGGGGCGGAGCGGAGCCCGUCCCGCUCCCACCUGGAGCCGGGAAGAGGAAGUGGGAGCUCGGGAGAAGCGGAAAUUGCAGCAGCAGCAGCCGCCGCCAGCCCGGGAAGCACCGGCGGGGAGCCAGCGCCGAGGAGGAGGCGGCGGCAGAGGCAGAAUGUGGAAGGCUACUGCAGGCCACACCGUGUCUGUCAGCCAGGAUGAUGGAGCUGAUGACUGGGAGACAGAUCCAGACUUUGUGAAUGAUGUGAGCGAGAAAGAGCAGCGCUGGGGAGCUAAAACCGUGAAUGGGUCCGGCCACCAGGAGCACAUCAAUAUUCAUCAGCUGAGGGAGAAUGUAUUCCAAGAACACCAGAACCUCAAAGAGAGGGAGCUGCAAACAGGACCAAAAGCUUCCCACGGCUACGGAGGGAAGUUUGGCGUGGAACAAGAUCGCAUGGAUAAAUCAGCUGUUGGACAUGAAUACCAAUCCAAACUUUCUAAGCAUUGCUCCCAAGUGGAUUCGGUGAAAGGGUUUGGUGGCAAAUUUGGAGUACAAACUGACAGAGUUGACCAGUCAGCUGUUGGGUUUGAAUAUCAGGGCAAAACUGAGAAGCAUCCCUCCCAAAAAGACUACUCAAGUGGUUUUGGUGGAAAAUACGGAGUACAGGCUGACAGAGUGGACAAGAGUGCAGUGGGGUUUGAUUACCAGGGGAAAACUGAGAAACACGACUCCCAGAAGGAUUAUUCCAAGGGCUUUGGAGGUAAAUACGGUGUCGACAAGGACAAAGUGGAUAAAAGUGCUGUUGGCUUUGAAUAUCAAGGCAAAACGGAAAAACAUGAAUCACAGAAAGAUUAUGUAAAAGGCUUUGGAGGCAAGUUUGGUGUGCAGACAGACAGACAAGACAAAUGUGCCCUUGGCUGGGACCACCAGGAGAAGGUGCAGCUGCACGAGUCCCAGAAAGACUAUAAGAGUGGUUUCGGAGGGAAAUUUGGUGUACAGACAGAAAGGCAGGACCCAUCUGCUGUGGGGUUUGAUUACAAGGAGAAACUAGCCAAGCAUGAAUCUCAACAAGAUUAUUCCAAAGGAUUUGGAGGCAAAUAUGGUGUCCAGAAAGAUCGGAUGGACAAGAAUGCAGCAACUUUUGAAGACAUUGAGAAACCUUCCUCAACUUAUCAGAAGACCAAGCCAGUAGAAGCUGUUGCCAAUAAAACAAGCAGCAUCCGAGCUAACUUUGAGAACCUGGCCAAGGAGAAAGAGCAGGAAGACCGAAGGAAGGCAGAAGCUGAGAGAGCCCAAAGAAUGGCCAGGGAGAAGCAGGAACAGGAGGAGGCUCGGAGGAAACUGGAGGAGCAAGCUAAAGCCAAGAAGCAGACCCCACCACCCUCUCCUGCCGUGCAGGUGGCGGAGCAGAAGGCGCCCUCCAGCCCGGUCUACGAGGAUGCAGUUUCCUAUGAAGCAGGGUCAGCCUACAAGAGCUCCAGCCCAUCCUACCCUGCUGCCCAGGAGCCAGAGGCUGGCUACAAAGCGGCCCAGCCGGACUACCAGGAGGCAGCGAGCCAGCGGGAGGCAGAGUACGAGCCAGAGACUGUCUAUGAGGUGGCAGGAGCAGCAGACCACUACCAAGCAGAAGAAAACACGUACGAUGAGUAUGAAAAUGAACUUGGGAUCACAGCCAUAGCCCUUUACGACUACCAAGCUGCGGGUGACGACGAGAUCUCCUUCGACCCCGACGACAUCAUCACCAACAUCGAGAUGAUCGACGACGGCUGGUGGAGAGGGGUGUGCAAGGGCCGCUACGGCCUCUUCCCCGCCAACUACGUGGAGCUCAGGCAGUAGGGACUCCUGCUGCUGCUCAUGCCUUAAUUCCCCAGCCCACACACCACUUCACACACUACAGACAGACCACGAGGCUUUCCCGAGGAUGGAGGGGGUAUAUGCAUAUGGCUUUUAUAUUUAAUACUUUGCUGAUGCUUUUUAAAACACUUAGGCCACAGAAUCCGCUAAUAUAUUGUAACUACUCUGUCUUUCACCGAGGCUCUUGGGAUUUAUUUUCAUCCGGAAACGUUUCUUCUCUGCCAAAUUAGCCAAGCCUUUUGGAGGACAGGUAGCUGUCUGCUGUAAUAUUGCAUGUUUUACUCCUAAGUGAGCAGAUUUAGUCAAGUGUUCAAGUCUAGUUAGUCUUCCACUAAGCAUUUGCAGCUGAGAAAGUCAUUGCUAUGCAGGCUGUUUGCAUUUCCACCAAGUGGGGAGGACUGGGGAGGUGCAGAGGUGGUUUUUUUCUUAUUUUCUUUUUUUCCUUUUCUUUUUUUUUUUCCUCUUUUUCUUUUCUUUUCCAGAUAGUGCUUGAAAAAAAAUGAAGAAAAUGUUUUACAGUUGCAGUUAAUCAAAUACUGCCCAAUAUUUAUGGAAUAUUAAUGUUAUGAAGGAAACAGUCUGGUACUUUUUCCUUCUCCUUUAAAGUGGAGUUUCUUUGGCUCUUAAAUUAAUUUUUUUUUCUUCUUUUUUAAUUAUUUUUUCUUGAUCCUGCUCCUCCUGCUCAUGCUAUCCCAGAGGAGGGCUGCGAACUCUCUAGCACUGAUUGUCCCAAAUUCCUUCACCCUUUUGUUUUUGCUUCGCCCUCCUCUUUUCCCAGGAAAACUUGGAAAAGUUACUGUGCAAGUGUUAAGUCACCCAAGGAGAUUCCUGCUUGUUCAGAAGGAAACUGGCAUCCAGAUCCGCAGGAAUAUUCCCGUUGCUUUAAAUGGGAGGAAAAGGCAGGAGGGGUGGGAUUGCAGUUGUGUUCUGUGUGCAGUGCUCGCACGGGGAAGGAAAGGAAGGGCCUGCUGUGCAGUAGUGACAUUUUAUGGAAACAUUUUCAAGUCAAGGAAUGUUAAUGAUUGGAUUUGAAACCCGUGUAAAUGAUCUCCAUUUUUAAACCAGACAAGAGACUUUUUUUUUGUAUGUUCAAGAGAAACUGCCAGUACUGUUCUACUAAACAACACAAUUAAACCUGUUUGAUUUUUGGGUUUGGUUUUUUUUUUUGCCAAAACUGAAAUUCCUGUCGCUGUAGAAAGCUGAAUACUGCAGAUUUAGGGUCCCUACCAAAGAUAGCAAAGUUGCAUCCAAUAGUGCACAUGUUCAGUGUCUGUACUGUCUGUUUCCACCUUUGAUCAAAAGGAAAAUGUCAAAUCUGGUGUAGCAGCCAAGAGAGAAGGCAAAGACUUCUUAUCAAAUCUGCAUUUGGACCAAUGGAAUAUGGAAGGCCUGUACAAAAAGGUGAAUUGUACAGAGUAUCGAGGGAGAAGGCAUCGUGUCGAAGCAGUUCUUGGAUGGUUGGGACAAUCCUUCAUGAAUGUCACAUGUGUGUCAUGAUUAUUACUGUUUUUUUCUCCUUUCCAUGGUCUCAUAUCUGUGUUGUAUUUGCAUUACUAGGGUUGGGUUUUAUAUGCAGUUUAUUUUAUCCAAUUUUAGAACACCUCAUAGGGAUAUGAUUUUUGUAAAUUAAAUAUUCAAUAAACUUUUUGAACCAUUUGCAUGGAAUAUUUUUUUUUAAUUUUCUUUUGAAAAAUCCCAGCAUCAGGCUCAGCUUUCUUUUGUUUUAUGUGCUUGUUAUUUCUGCCAAGAACACUAGUGGGCUGUAGGGUUUGUGGCUGCUCCUGGAUUUUGGGAAUGCUGGUGGCAUCAGGGCACUGACUGCUCUUGCAAACACAGAUGUGGGGUUACAUCAAAUAAACUUUUCCAUCCCUUUAAA